AUGCAGCGGUGCGUGCGCUCCUGGAGCUGUUUCGCAAGCUCCUCCCACCUCUUGUCUUCUCUCCUCCUCCUCCUCUCUUCCUUGCCCACUUCUCAUGGUCAGAACACCUCCUGGGUCAGCCCCACGAAGCCUUGUACCUCGCCCUUGUACCUCCCUACUUGCCCUGUCGUUCAGCAGUGUGCAGAUGCUUGGUACAACGUCUCAUUCCUGGAAAAGUUCACCUUCUCUGUUGCCGCCAUGCAUCCUGUCUACGGGGCAGUCACCAUGCGAAUCAACUCGUAUGAGACCGCAACCCCCAACGAGGUUGCCUUCCUUCUCAGGCCUACCAUCUGGUCCAAUUUGGACUUCAUGAACCCCACCUAUACUCCCCCUGCCACAGCGACAGCCUGGUCUAAGUUCUCUCGCCCCAACAACAACGUCUCGUUGCUGACCUUCUCAUGGAACUUGACAGCGCAAGAAUCAGUCACUGUCAAGCCGGGCAUCAUCAACAUGACCAUGUCAGCCGAGUACAUGUUUGCAAAUCUGCCUUCGAACAACUCAGCUUGCAACAAGACGUUUCAUUUCGUUGUUUGCGGUAACCCUUAUUUUGAGCUCACGCCCAAGAUUGAUUUCACUCCAUUUCUUGGUGCCCCGAAGUUCCAGACCUUUCCAGCUCAGACGUUCACAUGUGGAGUGACUCAGCCUUGUGUCUUGACGCCGGGGCGAACGGAAGUGAUCAAUGGGAAGUCGAUCAAUGUGUUUGACUUCGGCAUGUACAACAUGAACACUCAGAUUAAUCGAGGAGUUUUCCUUGAAGAGCCCCUCGAGGUUCACGUGGCCGCCAUAACCUUCAACUAUGGCAGCAGGGCCAAAUUCUUCGUCGCAGUUGAUCCUGGAAUACCCAUUGGCAUGCGUGUGGACCCGGAGCCCUGCCCCACAAAUUCUACGGAGAAUGCUUGCUACAAGAUCUCUUGGACUCCCAAGGCAAACAACCUACUCGACCCUAUCGUGCUGGGUGGACCAACCCAGUACCUCUAUGCCUUCUUCUAUGCGCAGACGGAACAGACCACUUUAUAUGGUUGUGCAAACAAGGUUUCUCCUAUGUCAGCCAUCAAGUUUGGAAUCUUGCUUCCAAAUUCGAAAUGGACGUUGCAGGCGCCCUCAACGGUCCAACGUGCCUUUGUCGGAACUGAGUAUUCGAUGCACGUGAUGUGUUAUUCCAACUAUGUUCCCAGAGUUGAUGUACAAGGCCCGCUGAGGGGAAACAUCACACUGGUGAACAGCACCACUUAUCAGAACGGGGAGAAGGAAGUGACCUACUUGUUCAAGUACUUCCCCUUGAGAGGCGACGAGGGUCACACCUUCAACUGGGUCUUCUCCUGUGGGGACUCGAAACGCAUCGUCCCACCACUCACCAGCACCUUGAGCUUGAAGAUUGAGCUCUGCGCCUACACCGUUGUGCCCAUGGACACCUUGACAACCCUCACACGAAGGUAUCAGCUGAGCACCAACUGGCUCAACCUGUGGAAUGCAAACCCAACUCGCGUGCCAGAUCCCGACAUGAACCUCGCCGUGGGCGACAUCAUCAAGGUCGGGCCUGUCUACCACACCAUGGCCGGGGAGACGCUCGCCUCCAUCGCAGGAAAGUUCUCGACUACAGUGAAGCAGCUCCUCAACGUCAACCCCCAGCUGUCUGUGCAGACACCAGACGUUGAGCUUGCAACCGGAACGGAGAUGUGUGUGAUGGCCUGCACUAGCCUGCCCAACCCCUCGAUGGUCUAUAAGUGGGCUUAUUGA